CCUUGUUCUGCCAGUCGUCUGCGGGGAGAGAUCACACGGAGAGAUGGUUCAACGCCUGCUGUUGCUGCUGCUGGUCCUGUCCUCGCAGCUGGGCUUCCUUCACGCUCUACCAUGUUUCCAGUGUUCACGAGUCAAUGCCAGCGGGGUUUGCGUGACCAAGGAAGGUGUCUGCGAGACGCGAGGCAGCCAGCGGUGCUUCCUGAGGAAGGUCUACGAAGAUGGCACCCUUUCAUACGGAUACCAAGGUUGUAGCAGCGUGUGUUAUCCUUUGGCGCUCUUUAACCCGGCUGUUACUUUGGAGGAGAAAUGUUGUGAUGACUCACCUUUCUGCAACAAGUUCUAAAGAUGGGGCCUUGCUUUGCCCUGAGCUGGUGGAUAAAGCUGACUCAACCUACCUUUCAACUCUCAAGAGCUGUAGGACUACUGUGCUCUGAAUACAGGUUCCCUAUGGGGAGAAGUCGCAAACUAGGCCUUUUCUCUUCCUCAUUGUACAUCCUCUACUCUUUAAAAUCAGACUCGGGUGAAGAGUGGUGGGCAUUGGUGGGUCCAGGCAUGCCCUUCUUCCACAAAUCACUGAUUUUCACUUUACAAAGGCAACGUCUGGGGUUUGUGAUUCUGGGUGGUUCUGGAGGCAGCAGGCAGAAGGAAGAGGGAGAGUCCUCAGAUGUGGGAAAGGAUAGAAUAUGAGGUGGCCUUAAAUGAUGCAUUAGUCGGUGUAUGUGAGCUGCUGUAACAAAAAUCUCUCAAAUGUGGGUGUCCUAAAACAAUAAAACAUGAUUGCUAACCCAAG